GAAGCGGAAGGCAGCAGAACGAUCGUUCUCUGUCUGAUCAAGGAAGAGGACGCACUAUUGUUUAUGUUUUUCUCCGAAAAUAAUCAAUGAAACACACAAAAAAUGCCUACAGUGUAACGGCAAUCGGCGGGAUAAUACGAAACAACAAACAUUAUUUAUUUGUUUUAGAGGACUGUUGUAUAUUUUAGUGGUUUUUUUUUAGGUUUCUGUUUGUGUUGUGGAGAUUUGAGGCCAUUUGAAGUCACAAAUGAUUAGUUGUGAAUAAAUAUCAACCAAAGGAGCUUUAGAAACAGCGAACAGCUGUAGUGCCCAGCGGAGAUAAAACCCCAAAGCUGUUCACCCUCGCUCCGGUUACAGUUCGAUCAAGUUUUUUUUAGUUGGUUUAUCAUGUAUGCACCACCGGGAAAUGCUGUGCCCGGAAACCGAAGGCGGGGACCUGGCACGGCUCUACCCAAACAGCCAGAGCGGAGUUUAGCGUCAGCACUGCCCGGAGCUCUGUCCAUCACGGCACUGUGUACGGCCCUAGCAGAACCAGCGUGGCUCCAUGUCCAUGGGGGGACCUGUCCCAAACAGGAGCUUGGUGUCGCAGACGUCUUGGGAUAUAUAGAUGAGAAACUCGUUGAGGAUUACUGCAUAAACUCUCAGUCCGUCCUGCUCUUGAGGGUCAUUGCUGCUUUCUGUUUCUUGGGUAUUCUGUGCAGCCUGACUGCGUUUUUGCUGGAUGUCUUUGGACCCAAACAUCCAGCUCUGAAGAUUACACGCAGAUACGCCUUCGCUCACAUCCUUACCGUGCUCCAGUGUGCCACAGUCAUCGGCUUCUGCUACUGGGCCUCUGAACUCAUCUUGUCCCUGCAGCAACAGCACAAGAAAUACCACGGUUCGCUCAUUUACGUCACGUUCGCCAUCAGCUUCUACCUGGUGGCCGGCGCCGGCGGAGCCUCUAUUUUAGCCACGGCGGCCAACCUGCUUCGUCAUUAUCCCACCGAGGAGGAGGAGCAGGCCCUGGAGCUCCUCUCAGAGAUGGAGGACAGUAAUGAUGCAUAUCCAGUUGACUACGACAUUGCCAACCAAUUCCAGCCUCCGCCUGCAUACUCGCCCUGAUCAUCGACCUCUGUUACUUUCCUCACACGCUUUACCGCCACUCCUGUCCUCGCGUGCCACCAUUGGCCUUCAGACAAUGUACAGACUAAGAGACGUACAGAUUUUAGCCGCCCCUUUAAAGAAGUUAUCUAUAUUCAGUAUUCUGGAUCACCUUCAUUCACACUGAAAGAAUUUUUUUUUAUUUGUCAGACAGAGCUUGUUCGCAUGAGAUUAAACAAAGUUUAAAUUGUGGCGUGCUUGUAGAUUCCCAAAUAUCUUUGAAAUCAUCUCGAGGUAGAUUGCAUGUAUCUGGCAGCACAGAUCUAGAAAACGGCAUUUUGGCACGCACGCCUUAUUAUAAAUGAAAGAUUUGCGAAGCAUCUAAGCAUAAAGAUGUGUUUACAUACAGCCACUGUGGCAAACCAAACUAGGGGGAUAAUGGACGUCUCUUUAUGUUAUCUUGUUGUUAUUCAUACAUCAGUUUUGUUAACUUUCACUUUAUUUUUUAAAUGCUACCCAACAUUUUAGGUGUAUCAGAGCGCCACCUAUGACCUGCUGUGUAAUAUUUUUUUAAAGCGGUCAUUUGUGGAUCAUUAUCAGUUUUAUUUAUUUCAUCAGUAAUCUAGCUUCUAUACCAACUUGUUGAAUCCCCAUCACAUUGAAAAAUAAAUAUUUUUAAAGGCUUUUAGUUAUGAUAAUUUUACUAUAAAGGUUGAUGAACAUUUACAGAUAAGACAAUUUAUUUAUUAUUUAUUAUAGGACAUUGGGUCUAAAUUGUAUAAAAAAAAACUAGCAAGCAAAGUUUGCGGCGUUAAGUUUUGCCAACAUCACCUUAUUUCGUUGUCUGAUUUAAGUGAAAUUGUGUUUGGUGUUUGCUUGUAGAUCUAGUGUGAGUGUGAAUAUCCAAAUGACAGUCUUAACAAAUUUGAUCAUGAUUGUAUAUCCACGAUUUACCCAUCAAUAUUUUUGCUCUGAUCUUUUAUUAUUUUUUGAUAAAGUCACUGCAUGACAUUUUUAUAGUUUUUUUUUCACUUGUGUUGCAUAAAUGGACUCUGUGAUUGUUAAGAUGUUCGGUUGGCUGAUGUUUAGUAAUCUGGUGGUUUUGUGUUUUACGCUGUUUUCCUUUUCGUGUUUCAUUUGAAUUGCGUUUACUGACUGUAAAAAGGUUUAAAAAGUAAAAAGAUUUGAGUAAAAACAA